CAAGUUUACUGACUCCGCCUCUCCUUCCUUCAACUGGCCCAGGCGUUGUAAUGAAGGGGAAGUGCUAGAGUGGAGGCAUUUUCCUGGUCUGUAAAUACGAAAAAUGAAGUAAGUGACAGCACUUUAAGGAAAUUAUCUUUAAUCGACACUGAGCCAUUGGAUUACAGAUGUUAACUUUACUCUAGUGUCGACAUGUCCAGUACUAAAAGACAAAGUUCAUGGCAGGAAGACAUCGCUAGAAACUUUUCGAGACUGUUUUUAAGAAGCAAAUCCCAGGAGCCUCAGAAAACCGGGAACGAUGGAAGCGAUAUCAGCUCAAAUGUCGAAGACGAGGAGUCCAGCAGCCCAAGUAGUGAACUUCGAGAGCAGGACCCUCAGGAGAAAGUUGUCCUGGAGUUAUCAAAGGCAGUGUUCCACGGCUCUGAAGGAGAGAGACAAGAGGGAGCGGAAGUGGGAGAGGAGGAGAAAAAAGAGGAGGAGGGGGGAGAGGGCAGCGGCGUGCUGGACGAUGCGGGAGGGUCUCCUUCGCGGCUGGCCCCCGCCUCGCCCCCCCGCUCCCCGGCCGCCUCGGGGCCCAGCACGCCCACGGCCCCUUUAGAUGCCUUCUUCAGGAAGCUGGGGAGCCUGUUCCACUUGUCCUCCAGGACGGAGGCGGGGACAGCCGUAGAGGAGGAGGCGCCGGCGGACGCGGACGCCCCGGGAAUGGCACGGGCUCCGGGGGGGAGUGGGGACGCCGCCGAGCCUUCUGGGAGCCCGGCGGGAGGGUCCGACACCGACACGGACCGCCCGCUUCAGGAGGGGUGGGAGACGGGCAGGGGGAGGGGCGGCGGGGAGGGGGAGUCUGGAGAGCAGAACCGCACACCGCCGCCGCUCUCCUCGGCCGAUCCAGAGUCGCCGGCGCUCACAGGGACACCGGAGCAGCCCCCCGAGGAGUGCGCACAGACAGACCUCCCAGCACCGCAGCACCUAGUCCUGUACGACAAGGCUGGUGAGGACCACAAUGUAGCCGAUCAGGAACACGGGGCGGAUACAGAUCUGACCCUGGAGGAAGCUGCGGAUGAACAGCGGCGCCGCCUGGCCCUGUCCCGUCCCCCAAUCGUCACCUAUGGGACAUACCGAGGCUCCAGGGAGAUCAGAAGGAUGAGGAGGAGGAACGAGGUGCAGGUGGGCUCUCCCAUUUCGGAGGGGGAGGAGCUUCAGCACAGCUUCGACAGCGCCGCUAGGCUCUCGCCCCCGGGAGAAGACGCUCGGGGAGCAGCCGUUUUGGAAUGCGCUGGCUCUGAAGGAGAACAGCCUGGGACCUUGGCGGGGGAUGCUGUCGCCGUGACUCCUGCCAGACCGGGGCCUGGCGGCGUUCCAGUAAUGAUGCCGUCGGAGGACGACGAGAGCCAAAGUGCCUUACUCCCAGAGCGGGAGACAGACCUGGCUCGCGCACCAGCCCAGGCCACAGAUUCUUGUCCUGGGGGUGUUUCGGGAGUGCUCUCCAUGUCUGCUGCUGAGAGGGACUCCUCUGAUAAGCGAACCAGUCCUGCAGAGGAGGGCGGUAAAGCGGAGCGCUUGGAGGAGCAAGCGUCACUGGAGACAGCUGAAGCCAUCGCCAGGGAGAUGAAACUGGCGACUGAGCGGGCAGAAACCCUAUCUACGCGAGAGGGCUCGACGGGGUCACCUUCAAAGGCCAGUGAUUCUGCCGCUCCGUCUCAUACCCAUGGCAGCCAGUGCAACCUGAAUCUUAUUUCACCGUCAGAUACACAGGAGGAUGAGGGCAGUGAAGUCCCUGUGCCAGCAGACCAGGGGUUGGAUGCUCCAGAAUCUUCCCUAACUGCUGGUAAAAGCAGGCUUUUUGCUCCCGAGACUGGUUUGAUUGAGGAAGGGGAACCGGAUGAGAUGGCCUUGUGGUACGAGUCCAGGCAGAUGGUCGAUAACAUUCUGAGAAAUGCCCUCACGGCUCUCCAGAACAUCGAAAGAUGGGAACAGGAAAACAGGGACAAGGAGGCAGUUAGCCCCAUUCCACUGGAUGAACAAGACGAGGGCUCGCCUAAAACAGGGAAGCAACAGGAGGGAAGUUUGAGUGAACCUGCAGAUGUCGGCCACUUGCCUGUCUUAGUGGAGCGGAAUAUGAAUCCAAAUGAAGCCCCGCUGGACAAGAGCAGGUCCACCCUGUCCUCGGGAUCUGUCUCAGUCAUUGGUUUAGACAUGGACAUCAGAAAUAACUCCAGGCCUAACUCAGACUUGGGUUCUAUGGGUGUUUCAAACAGCAUUUCAGACCAGAGGCAUGGAGAACAUCGCCCUAUAGAUGGAUUACAGGCCUCGCGUCCACCAGACCUCUGUGAAUUUCAUUCAGGUGACCACAAUGGCUGUCACAGUGAGGCAGCUGAUACACAGUCAAAUUAUAACGUCAAGCCCGUCUUAAUUAUGAGGGAAGGUGACAAGGACAUUAACGACCACAAUAGCAAUAUCUCCCUAAAUGAAAAUAGUAAAUCAGUUAGUUUGUGUGGAGGAAAUCUGGAGGCAAAUAAUAAAGAGUUAGUUCAGGCAUCAAUCUAUGUGUCAAAAAUGCAAGAGUCUGUUUCAGGAAACACUAAGAGUGAUAAUUUACCGACAGCCAAAGCGUCAGUUGACAACAGUUUUAUAGAGGCAAUAUCUACAGAAACCAGUGGAGAAGCAAUAAAUAAAGCUCUCCAUUUAGCCAAAGACAGAACUGAAAGCAAUAGCAGCAUUCACAAUUUAACCAGUAGUUAUGAGGAAAUUGUGCCAACUCAAAAACAGGUGAAAGUAUGUGGUGACCUUGACAUGUUAAAUGUUAACCUUGAGAAAUCUGUUCAACUCAACGGUGCAAAAGAUGAAAGCUGUCUCUCCAUGCAGCUUGCAAGAAAUACAGAGGACAUCAUGACCUUUCAAAAGGAAGGACAAAGUGAAGACUCUGUUCAAUCUUGUGAACUGGCUACACAGAAAUUUAAGAACAUCGAUGAGCUUCAUAUCCCGUCAACUGGAUUGAAACCUUCUCAAAGCACGAAGGAAGCACCAAUCAGAAACCCACCCGCAAAGGGUGAGAAAUUAACUGAUCUUACAAACAAAAGCAGCGUCCUGCAGAACGAGAUCCGCCAGAUGGACCAUAAUGGAACAAAGUAUUUGCAGGAAUCGCGUGACGAGGAGGACCAAAACUUUGCUCUGGUGGAGAGUUAUUUAGUCACUGUCGUCGAGGACAGGUCAGAACUGGGUGACGAAGAGGACACCUCGAAUGUCGAUCCGGCAAGCGACGGCGCUGAUGGUAAACAGGAAGCCCCAGAGGACCCUGCGAGGCGAGAGAGCCCCUCGAACCGUGCUGCGUGUGCGGAUGACGAGGACCUACAGCAGUGGACUGCGGCGAAAGCCUAUCGAUGCCACGUCAUUUCAGAUGACGGCCAAGGCUCUGAUGUGCAGGGAGAACUUGCAGGGUCGAGCAUUUGUGAUGUGAGCGGUAGGGCGUCCGGCUUGUUCGCCACAGGCAGGAAGGCGCAUCUGGAACUUCCGUUCAACGCUAACUGGGGCGAGCUGUCGGGCCCCCACCUCCACAGGUUCCACGAGCUGGACUUCCACGAGUGUGAGGGUGGGUUCGCCAUCAUUAACGAGGAGGAGGAGGGCGAUGCUGUGUUCGUGAACGACACUGGGGCGAUGCUCAGCCCCUCGACGAGGCGGGGCAAGAUCUACCCUUUCUCCCUUUCCCCUAUUUUCGAGGAGGAGAGCGGCAGGGAGGACACGUGCUCGGAGGACCUCCCGGAUCUGCCGGUGACGCAGGAGGACCUGAGGAGCGUGGAGCAGCAGGCCUCCUCUAUCCUCUCCCUCCUGCAGUCCGUCAGUGAGCGCCUACAGUCAAGCGUCUUCAAUGACCCUUACCCGGACUCCUCCGACGAGCUUUCUCCCACACUCCGCCCACCCCCAUGGGGGUGCCUCUCGGACCACGUGGAUGAGGACGUGUGUUCAACCAACAACGCCCUAAACGCACUGUCUCACACAGGACCUGACAAGUGGGAGGGGUCCCCGGACCGCCAGUACGUUAACAACGACGCGGGGUCCUCCAGCCAGGUGGAUCGGCACUCUGGGGAAGUGCAGGUGGCUGUUCCAGCACCUCCCCAGAGAGAAAGCCUGAUAUCUGCUCCGCCGUAUGAUUCCACAGCUGUCUCGAAGUCUCCGUUCUAUGAGUAUUUGAAGAAUGCAAGGUGUCAGGUGACGAAACCUGACGUUGACAAUAAUCAGCCUCAUUCUAAAAACAAACUGUGCCAAGGUGACAGAGUCUCAUCAGCUCCAGUGAACCCGAUAUUUAUUGAUAGAAGCUUUAAAAAAGUCAUCUCAAGGCCUACAAAGAUGCAUAUCUACGAAGGUGUGACCUUCUCUGGGGAAAAGCGGGAGAUCAACACGGACGUGGAAGAUGCGACCGGGUUGGCCUUCCCUCACGGGGCAUCCAUCCGAGUGCUGAGAGGAUGCUGGCUCCUGUACCGGGACCCGGGGUUCAGGGGACCGUGCGUGGUCCUGGAGGAGGGGGAGAAGGUCCUUUCCCCGGACGGAGGCGUUUCCUGGCUGGGAGGGAGCCCCAGUGCUGUCACAAUUGGAUCGAUCAAAAGAGCAGUGAAGGAUGACAGCACUCCGGAGAUCCUGGUCCGAACGUGGGAAACUGGGGAGAGCCUCAGCACUGCGGUGGACGACCUGGGAACGCGUGGAUCCGUCCGCCUCUCUUCCCUCUCUGUCAAGUCUGGAUGCUGGGUGGCGUACGAAUGCACUGGCUUCAGUGGGAACCACACCGUGCUGGAAGCAGGAGGCUCCAUCUCGCCCGGUCCGCACGGACAGCCGCUCACCUGCGUGAGGUCACUGCGCCCCCUGAGGAUGGGUGGGCUGAAAGUACGGAGGCCGUUGGACCCCAAGAUGGUGGUGUAUGAGCAGCCGUGCUUUGGCGGGCAGAGCAGAGAGAUCCUGGGCAACACGCCGCGCCUGGGGGCCGAUCCGGGCCCGCCAGGGGCCUCCUCGCUGAGGGUCGUGGGCGGAGUUUGGGUGGGCUACUCCGGCGAAAGCUACCGAGGGCGGCAGUAUUUGCUGGAGGAGGGCGAACACCCGGAAUGUCUGGAGCCGGGCGGGUCGGAUCAGGCGCUCCUCUCCUUCCGUUUCCUCCAGGCGGAUUUCAUAGAGCCCUCGAUCUCCCUGCGCAGUGGCCUGGACUCGCUGCUGGCCACACAGACGGAUAUAGUAGAUCUGGACGUCCCGGAUCUGGAGCAGGCUGGAUCAGCGGGGAGAACAGACUGCAUCUGUGUGAACAGCGGAGUGUGGGUGGCAUACAGCGAGCGGUCCUUCUGUGGAAAGCAGUGUGUCCUGGAAAAAGGCGUAUACGAGGGCGAUCUGGACUGGGGCGGCACUACCGGCAGCCCGGCAUCCAUCAGGGCCGUCCGUAUGGAACGUUCUGGUGGGGAAGAGCCUAAAUAUUUGCUCCGGGCCUACAGCCAACCCCACUACCAGGGAGAAAGCCAGGAGUAUGACGGAGAGGCACCCAACUGCACCUCCAGCCUUCCCAUGUCCUUCAGGGUGAUCUGGGGAAACUGGCUGCUGUUCGAUGAGGAGGGCUGCACUGGAAAUCAGUUUGUGCUGGGAGAGGGCCUUUACCCUGACCUCAUUUCCUGUGGCUGUGUGGCAACAUCCGUCAAGUCUCUGAAGCCCAUUCCAUAUAGUUUCUCAGAUCCAUCGAUCAGCCUCUAUUCCUUGGAUUCAUUUGAAGGCCUGGAGACCGUUGUCUUGACACCUAGCGACUCCAUGAACAACUUCUUCACUCAGUCGCUCAGAGUCUACAGUGGGCUGUGGGUUGCGUACGAGUACAGCCACUUUAAGGGACGUCAGAUGCUCUUACAGCCUGGAGAUUUCCCUGCCUGGGGUGAUCACAGUGGCUGGGACACCAUUGGCUCCUUGUAUCCCCUGAAACAGCCCAAGGUGUACAUCCAGGUGAGAAACCGGGCUCUGGGCUCCUUGCUGACGGCUGAGAUUUUAAAGGACGACGUACCGCCUGCCAAGGUGUCUCUGAGCCCCGCCCGUGGCCUGGACAGCCAGUGUUGGGUCUUCUGUGGGGGCCUCCUGAAAUGCAAGGCCAGCAAGGCGUGUCUGUCGUUAAUCGGAGGGAAGGCCGUGUCGGGGGCCUGUGUGGCCCUGUGGGCCGAGCACGGGCGCACCCACCAGAAAUGGAGCCUGAACGAGAACGGGACAAUCUCCUCUCACCUCAACCACACACUCGUGCUGGACAUCAAAGGUGGGACUGGCUUCGACAAGGAGCGCUUGGUUGCCAAUGAAUUUACAGGGGAUCUGGGCACACAGUACUGGGACAUUGAGAUGGUUUAGAGCCCUGCACCAAGGAGCUGAGGUGGCACAAACAAGCAGGAGGGACCAACCUGAGGAGGCAGAUGGGGGGCCUCAGCGGACAGCCGGGUCCCCAAGGGCCCACAGCGACUGGGCCGCGUAGCGCCACGGGGAUCUGCAAAACUGCCGGGGCGGCAGAAGUGUUCGCCCGCGCUCACGGUUCGAGAGGAAGCUGUGGCUUUGUCGUUAAAUUGCUUAUCUCUCCUCUGUUUAUAAUCUCAGGUUCCGGAAACCUUAUGGACACAUAAGAUAAAAGAGAUAAAAAGUAAAUGGUUCCAAAUUCAAAACAAAACAAAAACGUAUAUUCUACCGAGUUAAUGAGGUCACUGUGCCACCCAUAUCUGAUCCUGACAUAGAGACAGAGAAAGUGGAGAGCCAAAGCAAAUCUGAGUGCCAGCACACUCAACUGCAGGAUAUAUAUAAUGGUAAUCUCACAUAUUUAUCACCAGUACCUUUAAAAAUAAUGCCAUCUCAUCCUCUCACCUUUCCAAUUGAGGUAAAUAACAGUUUUAAGCAUUGCUUAUUUUCAUUCUUUCCGUUAUAUUUACAGAAGCAAAUUUGCACUACCAGGAACCGCAAUGUUCACUUGAAAGGGUGGCUGCCAUAGUAAGUCUGCAGUAUCUAUCUGACCGUGUCUAGAUUCAGCUGUCCACUGCAGUGGCGAUUCUGAAUAAAUACCGCAGUAUUCUAUAGCUCUCAAGCAUACGCAGGAUGUUGCUUCAAUUAGCGGUGGCUAUCUUCAGAAGCACCUAAUAGACCAUGUCAAAUUACUCAAGUUAUUUCUCCCUGGGUAAUGGUGUGUACAAUAGUGUGAGUUUUUCAAGGGAAAAAGGUCAUUUCACUGGAUACGAAACGCUAAUGUUCAGGAAUAUAGAUGUAUGGGGAAUAUUUUGGAACAACGGAUGUCUGUAGAUUUUAAAUGGUUAAUGUACAGUAAGCAGAAACUGUGGAUAUGUAAUUAAGAGCACUGUUUUUAAGAUUAUUAUAUUAAAGAGUAAAUAUUGUUUUGGAAAUAAGUGUGAUUGACAACACUAUGACUCAGUGCUUUGGAGGACACCACUAUGACUGUCAGUGUUAACAAUGCUAUUAUGUAGAUAGCCAAACGAAACACUGUAUGUGUGUACACUGAAUGCAGGCAUACAUCAAAAUGAGACAUACUUGCAUAACAACAUGCGUGUUUUCAGAUAUAAAUAUGUGAGAUAAAUAAAGUUAGUUAAUACCAUAAUGAAA